AUGCAUUCACAAGAAAGGAGUCGUGAACAGAGCAAAAAAACUGAAGAGAACCUGCAAAAGCAUGGCAUUAGAAGAUUAGUUAUUAAAGGAUUUAAAAAUAGCGUUACCAUAGCGUACGUGACGCCAGAGAAUAAGCAAAAAAGUACAACUAGACGAUUCGUGCUUCCAGAGCAGGAAAAGACGAAAAUCAAGCACAUCCCAGGAUCCUUUGAAUUGGAUCCAUUACCCAAAAAUGGAAUUGUAUACUGUACAUUAUUGAAUGGCCAACGAAUCCAACCGAAUGACUUUGUUUUCGUGUCCUCACCAUUUGCUGGCGAACCAUUUCAAAUAGCUCGACUUAUGUCUUUUGAGAAGUCCGAAUCUUGCCUUGGGACAAAUUUAUAUGACUCUGUUCGUUUGAAUUGGUUUUUUCGACCGCGUGAUAUUCAACGAAAUUCUUCUGAUACGCGUCUUUUGUACGCAAGUAUGCACAGCGAUAUCUAUAAUGUUGGAUUCAUCCAGGAACUCGUGAGCGUGAAACAUAAAACAGAAAUUCAAAAUUUCAAUGAAUACAAAAGACAACCAAAGUGCUUUUACUAUGAUCGCCUGUUUGAUCAAAACAUUAAUAAGGUUUUCGACCUAAUACCUGUUCAUAGUAUUACUAAUCUUCCUAAACGUACCCUUUCUGAUUUACAGAAUAACUAUAGUUUUGCGAUUGUCGAAUUAGCGAAAGGGCGAGCCUUGAUGGGAACACCUCGACUUUGCAACGUCUGCAAAGAAUGGUGUUCUUUAGAUCUUUCGGUACAAUGUGCUGACUGCAAGAAACAUUAUCACAUGAAGUGUGUGCAACCUCCGUUGGCAAAAAAGCCGCCCCAUGGUUUUGGUUGGACUUGUGCAUUAUGCUCUGUUUCGCAUCGACGAAGAAACCCUUCGUUACGCAAAUCCGCAAAGUUGAUGGCACAUAAUGAUUCCGAAUCAAACGAAGAAAUGUCGUCUUCUAUUAAAGAAGAUACUGAUAAUAAUAAUAAAGCUAGUGAUUCUGCUUUGAACACGUCCUCCCAUUCAGUUACGAUGACCUCUGAUAACUAUAUAAAACAAGAUGAUACUUUAAGUCCUCCUGCUGAAGCAGGUGUGCCACUUUUAGAGGAGGUGCCAAGUAGUAGUUUUACAAAGCUUCGCCGCCUCCCGUGGAACAUGCGUUACAUAGAUUUACGAAGUGACUUUGAUAAUGAAACUGAUUCUGAUUUGUAUCCCUCACGGGUUCGCUCUAUUGCAUCCCCAACUUUUUCCCCGACUGCUGAAGUUCAAUCAAAAGCUCCUAGGUUACUGACUACAGCGGAUGAAGAGAUUGAUCAAAAUCUACGUUCAUUAGAAAAUGAAAAGCUAGAUCUUUCACCUUUUUUUGCCAAAUGGCCAUUGUUAAAAAACAUUCCUUUAAAGGGAUUUUUAUUCCCCUUUUUCGAACCAAAUCUACGCGCAGGGAUGCUUUUAGUUCCUCUGGAACUUGAUGAUUCGGACUUAGAUGACUAUUUAAGAAGAAGUUGGAACCAAUGGAAAUAUUUGAAGAUUGAAAUACCUCCAUUCGUUCUUUUAGAUGUCUCCAUGACUAUGUUAUACCAAAACGGGCUGAAUAUGAUCAAUGCUCUUGACAAUUUGCAAAGAUUAAUAACUGGAAGCGAUUUCCCAAAUGUGGAUUCCCUUAAAAUAGAUGAAAAGAAGUUCGGGGAGCUUGUCAAACUUUAUGGAGGUUCUUUGCAUUGUAUACAUCGUCAUAUGGAAGCUCGCUGCUCUUUAAAAGAACUAUUGCAAUUUUACUUGGCGUGGAGUAUAUCUCCAAAAGGGACUGCGAUUUUAAAAGACUUCGCUACGACGAAGGAAAAAGAAGGAAGUUGGGAAGAGAAGUACACUUUGUUUUCUAAUCGCGAGCUUUAUGAUCCUUCCAAGUUGGCAAAAUGCAAAAAGCCGAUGGUUUGUCGUAAUUGUCAAAGUCGCAAAAGCUCUGACUUUUUUGUCGGUCCAGGAACGGAUAACACCAAUUUAGAAAAAAAUAAACUUGUCAUAUUUUGUGAAAAAUGUGGUAUUGUAUGGAAGUACUAUGCAACUACUUCGCAACAAGCAUUAAGCGUUGAGUUUGGUCGUUCAACUGACAAGGUUGUCAAAAGAAAGACAUCAGAAUGGGAGCAAUGGUUUGCCAACAAUCGUAGUAUCGUCAGCGAUUAUCAAUCUCGUGACGAUAGUCGAGGUAUAUCACCUGUACUGACCAUUGAUAGCGCUAAGGCUAACAAUGUUAAGACAACAGGUGAAAAUUCUUCGCGUCUUCAAAGCCCGCUUAAUAGAAACCCAAGAAGUGGUACUCCAAAAACCAAAGCCGAAGUUGCUUCAUCACCAUUGAAUACAAAGAAAGAAUGCAAUUUAUGCGGCGGAAGCAAUAAUGACGAUUUGGUUGGAUGUUACCAAUGUGGACUAAUUGUUCACAAAUCUUGCCAAGGUAGUAAAACGGGGGCAAGCGAUCAAUCUAAACUGAUAUCCAUGAUAUCUACUAGUCGAUCAACUAGAAGUGCGGCAAACAAUACCUCUAAACCUAGUCAGUUAAUCGAAAGUAGUCAGUGGUUGUGCGAAAGUUGUACUUUCGUUACCAAAUUUGAACUUGAUAGUGCACCUGAAUGUUUAUUAUGCUGUCAAACAGAUUUGCAACUUUCGAUGAAAAAAACUGAAGAAGGUAAUUGGGCACAUGUGUUGUGUGCUGCUUGGACACCCGGUGUUGUGAUUUCAAAUGAUGACACUGAACCCAUUUUAGGAAUUGGUUGCUUACCAUCAAAUUUUUGGGGUAAUACUUGCGAAAUUUGUCAACAUGAUCAUGGCAUAAGUGUGCAUUGUCAUAACAAUUACGCGUCACUUGCUCAUGUAAGUUGUGCUUUGAAAGCCGGAUGGAAUAUUUGUUUCGAAUUAAUUCGAAGAGAUACGCCUAAAAUCGAUAUUGAAGUUGGAAUGUCGACCUUAUCUUUUCUAAGCAGCCACACCGCUGCAAGCAAUGAAGCGGAUUUGACUCCUUACCUCUCUUUGAAGCCGAUCCUACUCCGUGGUCCGGGUAAUAUUCCGCGCAAUUUCAUACCUCGCACAAGCUCGAUACCGUCGUUGGGUAAAAAGUCCUGGAAGGCUUAUUUAGAAAGCAUGAAAAGUAAACAUGCGUUUUAUUUUUUACAAGCGGCUCAGUCCCAUGCACCCUCCGAAGAGCAAGAAAUGAUUGAAGAAAGUUGCAGUAGAUGUUCAACUACGAUGAGUCCAUAUUGGUGGCCGGAGGGGCUUUGUCAUAUGUGUUAUUUUCAUCGUUCUUUAGAAAACGAAGUGCCCGUUGCGAAUGUAUAG